AUGCCUAAGGAGAAGACUACCACUACCCGCAAGGGCGGCAAGGAGCGCGUCCAGCGCCGCAAGAAGGACCCCAACGCCCCCAAGCGUGGUCUCUCUGCCUACAUGUUCUUCGCCAACGACAACCGUGACAAGGUUCGCGAGGAGAACCCCGGCAUCUCGUUCGGCCAGGUCGGCAAGAAGCUCGGUGACAAGUGGAAGGCUCUGACCGAGUCCGAGCGCAAGCCCUACGAUGAGAAGGCCGCCACCGACAAGAAGCGCUACGAGGAAGAGAAGGCCAAGUACCAGGCCGGUGGUGACGACGAGGAGGAGGAGUCUUCCUAA